CCUUUUUUUUAGUUUGAUUGCUGAGUAUGAAAAUAUCACCCAAGGCUGGAUUUAUGUCUGACUGGAUGUUAUAUGUGUAAUGGUUGGUGCCUCUUGCUAUCUGAUUCCUUAUCCUCCUCAUCCCCACCAUGGCUGCACCGCAAGAGCCCAAGAUUGAUUUUAAUUUUUACGAACAGCCCAGUACGAUCUCGUACUUUGAUCCAAUAGUCGACACUCUGCGUAGCGAUCUGGAAUCUGAAGGUGCCGACACGACCUUUACGGCUCCAGGCCUGGCGCACUUUGUAGCCAAGUUCCAGCAAUUCCAACAAGACGCCCUGGGUCCAUCGAUCGCUGAAACGGCCAGAAAAAACGACACGACAACAAACUUUCCUUCGCGCAUUCCUGUGUCCUUUUUCCGCGUCAACAGCAACCUUACAAAAACAUCGCCUCUUUACACCGUUUUAAAAGCAGCUUAUUCGUUCCAAUCUGACAAAGACAUUAGUGAUUGGCAGUUUGACGCACCGGAAGAAAAAGACGUAUACCUUGAGCUUGUGCAGCAUAUUAAACGAUCGCUGGAAUCCUCCAACUUGUAUACAAACCCAGUUGUUGCAUUUGAUCAAACCAUUGAUGCAGACACAAAAUCGGAUUUGGAGAAAAAGAUUGUAGCUUUGGGUGGAAGCAUGUCAAGCAACAUUUCAACGGCAACACAUAUCGUGUACAAAAGCGAGCAGCCUAAACAGGACGAAAAACGCGCUUUUCGGGCACUCGAGAAGAAGGAUGGAAAGGUGUUUGUACACUGGAUGUGUCUCCCAGACUCGCACGACUGUUGGAUCGACGAAGCUGAGCAGCAGCAAUAUCGCGAUGUGACUAAAGAAGCAGAAACCGAUCAGCGACCGCAGCAAUCGCACGUCAGUGCCAGUUGGGUCACGGAUAGCUACAAAUACAACGAAUGGAUGAACCCGGUGGAUUACGUGCAUGAAGACAAGUCCAGCGCAAAAUCUGGGGUGAAACGAACCAUGGAGGAGAGCUCUUCGUUUGGUGAUGAAGCAGGUCCUGUAAAAAAGUCCCGCACGCCUCAGCCCAACGAAGAUAAGGUGGCAGCAGCACCAGCACCAGCAGCAGCGACUACAGAGGGCGAACCAAUGGAAUUAACAACCGAAACGAACGGUGUCAAUGCCGAUUCUUUGGUAGCUCAACAACGGCAACGCGACGCUGCGCGCAAAUAUAUCUCUAUACAAACACACGAAAUCAUUAUUCCCUCAUACGCAGCUUGGUUCGACCUCAGCGUGAUCCACGAUAUUGAACGACGAUCGUUACCUGAAUUCUUCAACAAUCGCAAUCGAACCAAGACGCCUUCAGUAUACAAGGACUACCGCGACUUUAUGAUCAAUACAUAUCGCUUGAAUCCAGUCGAAUAUCUUACGGUAACAGCAUGUAGACGUAAUAUGACCGGUGAUGUUUGCGCUAUCAUCCGCGUGCACGCAUUCUUAGAACAGUGGGGAUUAAUCAAUUACCAGGUUGAUCCUGAUGCUAAACCAUCCAACAUUGGCCCUCCAUUCUCUGGUCAAUUCAAAACUAUUGCCGACAUGCCCAAGUUAUUAGGCGCCAACAAUAACACCCAACUGCCGGUGGAAGCCGCUACCAAAACAGAAUCUGCCCCAGACAAAGAAGAAGAUACAAAGACAUCUGUCAAGCUGGAUCCAAAUCUCGAACUUCGACACAACAUUUUCGAAACGCCAGCAACAGAAUCAGCAGCUGGGUCCACGAGCAAAGAGUGUGUAUCGUGCUCUAAGCAAUGUGGUAAGGUACGAUAUCGUAACGGCGAAACCUAUGUUUGUGGGGACUGCUACAAAGAAAAGAAGCUGCCUGCCGACACAACCGCGGAGGAUUUCACCGAAGACCAGACCAAAGAGAACGCUGAACCAUGGACUGAACAAGAAGAUUUGUUGUUGCUCGAAGGUCUGCGCAUGUUUGAAGAUGAUUGGAAUGCAGUGGCAGAUCAUGUCGGUACACGAUCACGCGACGAAUGUAUCCUUCACUAUCUCCACCUGCCAAUUGACGACCCUUAUGUCGACAGCGAAAUAUCCAAACUGGGUUUGCUCCAGUUCGAUAAGUCAAAGGCAAUUGAAAACCCCAUUAUGUCAGUGGUCGCAUUCCUGGCAUCGACUGUAAAACCUGAAGUCGCCGCUGCAGCUGGACAGCAACGGAAUCUAGAGGAGAACAAAGAAGAAGAUAAAGACACGGCAUCCGAAAAGGCACGGGAAAAGGAGAACGACGAGGCCCGCAUGACUACAUACAACCUGAUCCGCACCAAGCUGCGCUUCUUCGAAACCAAGGUGUCACAGUAUGAAAAACUCGAAGAAUUUGUGGAGCAGGAGCGACGAAAACUGGAACGCGAACGAUACCAGCUCAACAUAGACCGCUUAUCUUUAAAGGACACCAUUACGCAAGUUCAGCGCGAAGCAGAAAAGCGCGGAAGCUCUGCCAGCGCAAAUAGUAUCACUCCAGCACAAAUCCAACAGCAAAUCGCCGGCGGUGUCAUGGCUGGUGGUGGUGCCGGAAACCAAAUGUACAUGAAUCCCGGGCAGCCCAAUCCUAUGCAGAUGCAGCAGCAACAGCACCAGCACCAGCAGCAACAACAGCAGUUCCAAAUCCAGAUGCAGCGACAAAUGCAGGCUCAGCAGCAAGGCCAUCAAUUCCAACAGCCACCGCCAGGGCACAACUAUAACAUGAUGUCCUUUUAAGUAGUCUUUAUUUUUUUUUU